AUGUUGGGUUCUUUGCUUACGGUUACGAUUGCGCUAGUGGCGGCAGUGGCGGCUGUUCCUUUCUCCAGCAGACUUCAUAAGCAUACCGCGCUACUUUUGAUCGACAUUCAGAACGAUUUCAUUAACGGAUCGCUCGGUAGCCCUCGUGCAUCCGCAAUCCUGCCAAAAGUUUACGACCUACUUGACGAUCACCAAUGGCCAUUCAUUGCCGCAUCGCAGGAUUGGCACCCGGAAGGUCAUGUCUCUUUCGCUUCUGCGCACUCCGGUACUGAGCCUGGUGACGCUGUCAACAUCACAUUCCUCGACAGCCCCCUGAAACAAGAGACCCAGGGUGUCUAUGCGGAUCAUUGCAUUCCAGGAACAUGGGGCGCAGAGAUCGAGGAUGGUGUAAAGACGCGCCUGCAAUAUCUUGAAGGGUACCGUACAACGGUAAACUAUAUCAAGAAAGCGCAGAACCACUCUGUCGAUUCCUACUCAGCCUUUGCGGACAACCAGUACCACCAGUUCACGACCUUGAACUCAGAACUGACGCUGCAUGGUAUUGAGACCUUGAUUGUCACCGGUCUCAUCACAAAUGCGUGUGUCCGUGGAACAUCCAUCGAUGGUAUCAAGCUGGGAUAUGAGGUAAUACUCAUCGAAGAUGCAACAGAGACCGUCUCGGCAGAGGUCAAGGCCGCAGCUAUUGAAGAGCUAGAGGGCUGGGGAGUCGAAGUGAUGAGCCUCACCGACUGGGAAGCCGCCAAUCCAACCAGGCUCAGGAAGCAGUACGCUCGGGAGCUAUAGACACAAGAAGGACAGAACGCCUUGCAAGGCAUCUACUGGCUUUACACAUGUUGUUUUUUCGAUUUACUCUCUCGUUGUGCGCCAUUGUGGCUCCUCGUACCUCAAUGCACGUAUAUUGUGGCUUUCAUAGCUACUGUACUAAGGCAUUAAUCUGUUCGCGGCGCACGGGCUGAACCCCAACCACCACAAAUGCAAUGACCAACAUCACAACUUCAACCCGCUACUGCACAACCACAAUGAG